UACCAUACUGAGUGAUACUGAGUAUGGUCGCUUGGGGAAAUUUUCUCUCGUGAGUGGCUAGGGCAGGUACGGUUCUUGACUAAAGAAUUAAAACGCUUAAUAAUGAUUUGUCAUAACUGAAGUGAACCAGAAUUGGUGUGAUGAUCAAAGAUAUGGCUGACGAUGAGGCCAUACAGGCCACUAACGACGACGCGAGUGAAAGUAAAAGAUACGCGGUUCAACUUGGUUACUGGCCCGAUCCAUUUAUCAACUUUUUCGUGAAGCAAACCGGACGAAAAGCGCCCGAAAUCAAUCGCGGUUAUUACGCACGGGUAAAAGGGAUCGAGGUGUUCAUCGAGAAAUUUCUGAAGUUGUCUGGUGAGAAAGGCCAAAUUAUAAAUUUGGGUGCAGGAUUCGACACACUUUAUUGGAGACUCAAAGAGACAGGAAAGUGUCCAGUAAAUUUUAUAGAGCUUGAUUUUCCAAACAUCACUGCUAGAAAAUGCUACCACAUCAAAAAGCACAAACAGUUGAUAGAUAUGUUGAAUACAGAAGAUGGAGAAAUUAGGUUUUCAACAACAGAUCUGCAUGCUGCCAAUUAUCACUUGGUGGGAAUGGAUCUGCGGCACAUAUCUGAACUUACUAAUAAAUUAUCACAAGCAGAAGUUAAUUUUAAUCUACCAACCAUGUUCCUUGCAGAAUGUGUCUUAGUGUACAUAGACACUAGUGCAACUUCUACAUUAUUAAAAUGGCUUGCUGGAAAAUUUACAAAUAGUAUUUUUGUUAAUUAUGAGCAAGUGAACAUGAAAGAUAAGUUUGGACAAGUUAUGUUGUCUAACUUACGUAGUCGUGGGUGUUUAUUAGCAGGUGUAGACGACUGUGAAUCUUUGGAAACUCAACAAAGACGAUUUACGAUAAAUAAUUGGGAAGGCUCUAAUGCAUGGACCAUGGUAGAGGUCUAUGAUUCACUAUCUCAAUCUGAUCGUAGUCGAAUCGAGCAUAUAGAAAUGUUGGAUGAACGAGAACUUUUAACUCAGUUAUUGCAACAUUACUGUAUCUCGGUUGCUUGGAAUGGACAAACAUUUAAAAAUCUGUCUAUAGCACAGGGUUAGCUUUCCUAACUCUUAUAAGUUACUCCAGGUAGUAAUACUGCAUCAUUAAAAAAAAAAUCUAUAAGCUUGUAAGUAUAUG